UCCGAUGAAUACAGAAAAGAAAGAAUAACUUCAUAUCAGUAUGAUUUAUCUGGCCAGUGUAUUUGUUACUUUGUUCGCAGUGUUCGUUUCAGUCACCCAACCUCAUGUCAUUCAGGAAAAUGUAAAUUCGGAAGACUUACCUGGUGUUGAUAAAUAUCAAUUUGAUAGAAAUACAACUUGCACCCUGUGUAUUGAUACUUUCUACCUAUGGCAAAAAGUUGUCAUUUCAACAGAUACGCAGAAAUAUCUUGACAGUUAUGCUAAGUUCUUUUGUUCAUUUUCAAUAAUAUACAAAGAUCAGUGCGAAUUAAUGGUUAAACAAUAUUUCGAUACUUUUAUGUACAUCGUAAAUCAUACGAAUUACGUAGAUUUGUGCAAGGCAACACCACUAUGCAAGGCAUGAAGAAGUGAAGUACGAUAAUAUGACUUUAUUAAAAUGUUUG